GUGGAUAUUGCACGAGCUGCCAAUAGUGUACCGGACGGUCACGUCUGUGGAAACGGCGGAGAAGGAAGCAAUGUUGAGCGAUCACCCAAUUAUGGUAGUGUACACGCGAUCAAGUCAUACCACUCCUUUGUUGAAAGCUAUGAUAUACAAGUUUUCUCAUGCAGUGAACUUCUUGGUUGUGAACAGCGAUCAAUUACUACCUCGUCGGAAUGAUAUUGUAGCUAAAUUAUACUAUGAUGGGCGUGAGGUGAGUACUCGGCAGUUGAGCACCAAGACGAUCGAGGAAACGUUGUCGGAGAUGCUGAGGGAAGUACCGUUGGAAAUAAACCAACUUAAUGUUAAGCAACUAUGUAGACCAUCGAAGAGUGUCUCUGACUCGAUGAAAGUGUAUUGCGUUCUCAUGUCACCUUCUGUGCGCAAGGAUGUAGCAGAUGAGUUAGUGACAUCUUUGAGGAGGCAGAAGACGACAUUCCAUAAGUUCGAUCCUUCUGAUGUCGAUAUAGACAUCCAGCUAGGUUGGGUUGGAGAGGAAUGUGCGGAAAAAUAUGGUGAUUCUAUCGUUCUCGAAUACGAAACUCAGCGGUACGCCACACUGAAAGAUCCAGAGACGAGGAUUCCGCAGCUCUUCACUGAUCUGGCUCUUGGCGAUAUAUUGUUCAACCCAUUGGAGGCACACAUCGGGGAGUGUCUCGAAGACCCUAGGAGGUCCAGGCUUGAUGCGGUCGUAAAGCUGGUCGCGACCAAGGAGGGAAUGUUGACGCUAUUUUGCCUCGCCGUUGGCGGCGGUGCUGCUGUCUAUUUUCUCGGCACAACAGGCAUCGUCUUUCUCUUGCUGGGUAGUGGGCUCAUUAUAGGCAUUGCUACAAGUGAUAUCUGGCAAAAGUUGAUGGCUUUUUUCAAGUUCUGAUAGCCGCUACU